GGGCCCCCGCCGGCUCCGCCAGCGCCCGUCGUGCCCCCUCGCUCAGGGCCGCCGCCGCUCGCUCGCCCGCGCCACCGGGGCGCCCGUUGAUGCUGCAGAGCUCGCCCGGCGCCACCCCCGCCUCAGCCUCCGCCAUGGACAAGAGCAGCCCCUGCGGCUCCGGUGUGCCCGGCUCCUCGGCCGGCAGCAAAGCGCAGCAGCCCCGUUCCGCCUCGGCCGGCCCCGCCGCGGGGGAGCCUAAGCCCAAAGGCGGUAACCAUGAGUGAUCAGAAAGCUGUGAUUAAGGAUACAGACAUGUCAGAAGACAUGCAGCAAGAAGCUAUCGAUUGUGCCAUUUUAGCCCUAGAGAAAUAUAAUGUUGAAAAAGAAAUUGCAGCCCUUAUUAAAAGGGAGUUUGAGAAGAAAUACAGUCCCACUUGGCACUGCAUUGUAGGAAGGAAAUUUGGCAGCUAUGUGUCUCAUGAGACUAAGCACUUCAUCUUCUUCCUCGUGCGUGGAGUAAAUAUUCUUCUGUUUAAAGCUGGUUAAAACCAUGAACUGUUACCAAAACUUGCCUCUGGUUACAGGACUGCACAGUAACUGUAAGCAGGCUAGUGUCUUCAGCCUUCCUGAGGAAGCAGACUGAUAUUUAUUUUUCUCCAAGGGUAAUAUCAGGGAUUUUGCUGUAGUUGGUUAUUGUUUUCAUUGUGGUUAGGGGAAAAAUGCAUUUUUUUAUUUCCUUUCAA